AAAGACCUUGGGUUAUGUGUCCAGUAGUAAGCGGAAGUUUUGGUGCUACAAGACGAUAUGGAUAAGAUAUUGCGUCUUGUUUCUCAAAGAUCAAAAUUAUCAAAUGGAAACGAAGAUGUCGAGAGAUCGGCUCCAGUCCAACCGCCCAUCAUAUAUAAAGAAGCAAAUGAUAAGUCUAUAGACUCACCGAAUCCUACACGAGAUCCGCAUAUGAUACAAGAAAUAAUUAAUAGUGUUGAAGAUGUCUAUUAUUCAAUGACAUUCGACUGUGGGAAGUAUGAAAUUGAAAAUGUUGCAGGUCCUAAUUGUCGUGAAUUGUCCAAGCUGAAAUUACGCCUAUUAGCAUUGGAUCGUCAAAAUAAAGCUGUAUCUAGACGUGUAUCUGAGUUAGUUCUUGAGAAACAUCCACGUUAUGAAGCUGAAUUAAAAGGUGUCUUAUCUUUACAAUCUGAUAAUUGGGAAACAUUAUGUAUGUGUCGUGAAAUUAGAAACUCAUUAAAACAAGCUGAUGAAUCAUUGGUGAUAUCUCGCUUAAUUGUAUUACGUAAUCAUCGUAGACAAUUACGAUUACAACAGACAUUAAAUAUCUUAUUUCAAUUACGUAAUUUACAGAAUAAUAUUCAUCACCUUGAUACACUUAUCAAACAAGGUGAUUUUUAUGCUGCUAUCCAACUACAUCGUGAAAGUCUUGUCCUGUUAGAGGAUUUUCGUUCUUAUAGGUGUACUGAACCAAUUCAUAUCAAAUUGAAAGCAGCAGAAUUACGUAUUGAUGAGAAAUUGGAUUCAGAGUUACAACGAAGUUGUGAACAUUUCAAUGAUAAAUCGUAUUCAACUGUACAGCGUGCAUUUGAACUUCUUGGAAGUACUCAGACAACAUUCGCUCAACUUCAAAUGCACUAUGUAGCUGCUAUCCAACGAAGGUCAUUUAAUUUAGUUCAAUUCCAUUUGGAAUCACCUUCAUUAAAUAUGAUAGAUACAUCUGGAAAUACAAAUUCUGACCAUUCCUCUUAUACUGAGAUGUGUCAAAAACUUCCAUAUUGGAGUCUACUGCCUUGUCUAAGAUCAAUUUGUCAAAAUAUGUGGCAAAUUCUACUUUGUUAUCAUCGUACUAUUCAAUGGCAUAAGAAUCGAGCCUCUGGUAAAAGUUCGAAGUUCUCUCCUGAGAAUAAUGAUAAUCCAUUUACUCCAGAUUCAUUUCGAACCAAGUCAAGUCAGCCUAAAAUUAACUUAAGCAAUAAUAACAGAGCCACUGAUAAUGUUGUCAAUGAUGAUGACAUUGCUUCAACUGAUACUGAUCGAACUACUAAUUUGAUGAAGUUAUCAACUGUAAAUGAUGAUAAUAAUGAUGAUAUUGAUCAUGGUUGUGAUCCUCAAUUGGCUAGACAAUGGCAUGAUUAUGUCGCUUGUAAAUUAGAUUCUGGUCGUUCACGUAUAUGGUCUGAGAUCAUCUCGCGUAUUGAACCAAUUCUAAGUGUUGUCGGUGUAGUUGCUAGAGAUAUGACAUUCGAUCAAAUUGCAUCACUUUUAGCCACUGUCAAUCAUCUUGUAUAUAUUGGUGAGGAGUUUUGUGAAUGUUCACCUAAUGAAUUACUAGAAGCUUUAAGAAUUUCCAUACAGAAGUAUUUCAAAGAUUUUCAUCGAAAGCAUAUGGAUCAAUUGAAAAUGUUCUUAGAAAAUGAAACAUGGGAAAUCUGUCCUGUGAAACAUUCCUUCACUGUAAUGGAUCUUCAGGAGUUUAGAGCAGUGAAAGAUUUGUUUGAACAAAACACCGUUAACAAUAGUAAUAAUAAUAAUAAUGCUGGUGAAAAUUAUAAAUUUCAUCAAGACAAUAAUUCAACAGGCGUUUCCUCUAAACCACAGAAUAAAAAAUUAUUCGCUGUUCCCUAUACCCUUGUACAAUUUCCCAUUGAUGUUGAGAAUAAUAAUUAUGGUAAUAUUGAUAAUGUUAAUCAUGAAAUGAAUUCUCCUAAUACAAUAUUGGACUCACCUAUAUCAUUAUCAACAGAAACUAAGCAAUGGUCAGAUGGAAAAUUUUCAUAUGAUUUUGAAGAUAGAAAAUCCAUAUUAUAUACUCAGAAUGAUGUAUCUAGUGAUAAACCACAUCAAGGUGGACAUAAUGGACCAUUUUUAUCAACAACUACCUUGGAAGUCCUCCGUCUAAUAGGUCGGUAUUUACAAAUGAUGCGACUUUUAAAACCAAUUGCUGGUGAAGUAAUGCAUUGUCUAUGUCAAGUAUUUGAUUACUACUUGUACUCGAUCCUCAUUCUUUUUGGUCCUCCUCAGAUUUCCAAUUCAAUGGAAUUCCCAGAACGUUUAAGAACAACAUUGAAACGAAUCAAUGAACGACUGAUAGCAACAGAGGGUCAUCCAAGUGUUUUAACUGGGGAUCGUUUCUCAUUACCUUUACGUGGACCUAUUGAUUUAUUCAAUCCUGUACAAUCUACUCAUGAAAACAAUUCAUCUAUAACUUGUACAGAUAAUGCUACAUGUGAAUACCAAUUGAUACAUUGCCUACAAGUGUAUAUUGUUUCAGUUGAAUCAGUUAUUUGUUUAGCAGAUAUAUUAGAGACAGCUCUUCUCCCACACUUGACUGUUUGCCUACCAGAUAAUAAACGUGGUCUAGCACUUGUAUUUCGAGAACAAUCCUUAAUGGCAGCUCGACAAAUUCGUGAACCAUGUGCAGCUGGAUUGGCACCACAACUUUUGAAUAUCAUAUUGCCAAAAAUAAUUGAUGUAUCAACAAAAACAACUCGGCAGUCUACAACGAAUAGUAGUAGUAGUAAUAGUAGUACAUCGAUCACCUCAAGCUUUAGUAAGAUUUGGCCAUUAGGAUCGAAUACAAGUCAACAACAACAACAACAAAUGGAUAAAGAUUCGACUACACUGAAUACAAACUCUCCAUCAUCUCCACCUCAGAAUCCUACAAAUAAUUUAAACUCUUCUUCUUCUUCUUCUUCUUCGUCGUCGUCGUCGUCUACAUCAAAUUCAUCAAGUAAUAUUCUUGCACUACAUAUAUGUACAUUGAAUUGGUCAACUAAAGAGGUGGCCAACACACCGAAUACUUAUAUCACUAAUAUUAAUACUAAUAUUUUUCAUCCAUUUUUAUCUGUAAUAAAAAAUAUAUCACAAGAAUUCAAUCUACAAGGUCAUAUAAUUAUUAUUAUCAUUUGGAAAGCAUUAUUAGCAUGUCUUGCUUCUCAGUUACUUGAAGCAUUUGGACGAAUACAACAAUGUUCUGAUGAAGGACGUGGUCAAAUGUUAUUAGAUAUACAAACAUUAGCUGUAUAUGCACAAGCAGCUAGUAAAAUACGCUCAUUUCCUAAACUUGAUCACCUAAUUGAAUAUAUUCAAGCCUUCUAUAUACCUAUACAUGAAUGGGAACAUUGGUUGACAAAUUAUGGGACUAAGUAUUCACGUAACCAAUUAACUGGACUUGCUUCAUGCUUAUCACGAUCUGAUAAACGUCAAUAUCAACGACUUAUGAAUACGAUAAAUCAAAUCUAUAAUACAACAAAUCAAACUCUACAUGCCAAUCCAGCUAGUUGACAAAGGAAACUGUAAUCAC